AUGGAUGCCCUCAAUAACAACAACUUAAACAUUCAUCUAACGCAUAAAGUGAAUAAAACUAAUAUUGAGUUUUUGGAUAUCCAGAUACAGGCGGACGCCAAUGGAUUUAUCCAGACGAAUCUACAUCGUAAAUCUACUUCAGCUAAUACCGUACUACACGCCAGCUCUGCUCACCCCACACAUUUGAUCAGAAAUAUUCCCAUAGGUCAAUUCCUACGUGCAAGACGCCUGUGCUCCACGGAACAGGACUUUGAAAUGCAGGCCCGUGAUCUAGAGAAAAGAUUCCGUGAAAGGGGCUAUAGCAAUCGGAGCAUUAAAAGGGCAUACUGGAGAGCGAAAAAAACGGAUCGUGCGUCAUCCCUACAUAGAACAAGGACCAACAAGACAACUGACAACCAGGUGAGGUGCAUUUUAGAUUAUAACUCUCGUAGCCAUGAGAUUAGGCAGAUACUUGAACAGCAUUGGCCCGUUCUACAAGUGGAUGAGACACUAAAUGGUAUGAUACCUUCGAGACCAGCGAUUGCAUAUAGACGGAAUAGAAACUUGAAGGACCUUCUGGUGAGGAGCCACUAUGAGACUGAGGAGCCAUAUUUAUUUGGCUCCAAGGGCCCCAAAAACGGCUGCUCCCCAUGUGGUAAAUGCCUUGCAUGUAGUAAUAUAUUACGGACUGAUAUGUUUCGCAAUUCAUCCUGUACCAAGUCAUAUGAAAUUAGGCAGAAAAUAAACUGUGUAACCAAAGGGGUGGUAUAUGUUGCACAAUGCCCAUGCGAAUUGCUAUACGUGGGCAUGACCACCAGGGAGCUCCGCCGACGGGUCAGAGAGCAUAUCCUGGAUAUUAAUGCGGCAGCCAAUGAAACAAACCUUCAGUCUUUGAAAACCCUACCAAGACACUUUAAACUUAAACAUAACAGUGAUGCCACUCUCCUCAAAUUCAUAGGUAUCGACCACGUCCCGGUGGGUAUCAGAGGUGGCCAAUGGAAGAAAUUGGUUGCACAAAGAGAAACGCGAUGGAUCUUCAGGCUGGACACACUUGUACCUCACGGCUUAAAUGAGAUGUGUUAUGAGACUUACCAACCAGGGCCAUCACGUGACUACUUCUAGCCUCCUUCUAUCGUUGGAGUGACCUUACCACCGGAAUCAUGUUGGGACUCUCUUU